AGCUGAAACUAGGUGUGCCACAAACCUGAGAUUGUGGGGGAAGCUUUGAGAAACUUCUGUGCAGGAGCAGGCUGGACACCAGCAGAAAAUCCAAGAGCCCAGAAAGGACAAGUAUCGUGAGGCCCAGUGGAAAGAAAGGGAUCCCACUGGUGGUGAGGGCAAGUCACCGAGAGAGCCACCCAUCCAGGCAAAAGUCAGGAGCCGGUGGCACCUGGGCAAGAGGUCGAGUAAGAUGUUCAAGAGGAUCCCCCAAUGGGCAUUCAGAUGUAGUACUGGACUGGACUGGGGACACAUCAACAAGGGGACUCAAAUGGGGUUCCAUGAGAACACGGACCUGUUCGCAGAUGCAUUCCUCGCUGUCCCCCUUACUAGUGCUGGCACAUAGAGCUACAAGGCCCAACGAUCUGGAUACAGGCCAAGAAGUCAAGGACUGUUGAAGCCACAGUCUCCACUCUUCUACUGACACCACCGACCACCCAGCCCAGUCAAACCAUAUGGCCUCUUGUUUUCCUGAUGUAUGAGGACUCCUGCAGGGGCCUGAGGCGCGGCGCGAUCCCAGGGCACCAGGGCACUGCCUGGCAGGGCUAGGCGGGCACGGCGGACAUGGCCAGCACCGCUGUGCAGCUCCUGGGCUUCCUGCUCAGCUUCCUGGGCAUGGUGGGCACGCUCAUCACCACCCUGCUGCCACACUGGCGGCGGACGGCACACGUGGGCACCAACAUCCUGACGGCGGUGUCCUACCUGAAGGGGCUCUGGAUGGAGUGCGUGUGGCACAGCACGGGCAUCUACCAGUGCCAGCUCUACCGGUCGCUGCUGGCGCUGCCUCGGGACCUGCAGGCGGCCAGGGCCCUCAUGGUCAUCUCCUGCCUGCUGUCCGGCAUGGCCUGCGCGUGUGCCGUGGUGGGCAUGAAGUGCACCCGCUGUGCCAAGGGCACGCCCGCCAAGACCACCUUCGCGGUGCUGGGGGGCGUGCUCUUCCUGCUGGCUGGCCUCCUCUGCAUGGUGGCCGUUGCCUGGACCACCAACGACGUGGUUCAGAACUUCUACAACCCGCUGCUGCCCAGCGGCAUGAAGUUCGAGCUUGGGCAGGCCCUGUAUCUGGGCUUCAUCUCCUCGUCCCUGUCGCUCAUUGGGGGCACCCUGCUCUGCCUGUCCUGCCAGGAGGAGGCCCCCUACAGGCCCUACCAGGGCCAGCCCCGGGCUGCCACCGCACCCGCCUACCGGCCACCAGAUGCCUACAAAGACAACCGGGCCCCCUCGGUGACCUCGGCAACCCACAGCGGGUACAGGCUGAAUGAUUAUGUGUGAGUCCCCCGGGGCCGUCCCUCCCCCGGCCACCGUCAGGGCUGCUGGCCCGAGUGACUGCUGAUGGAUGCAGGGGUCCAGCAGGGAGUCUAUUUCCGGGUUAUUUUGUAUCUACAGGAUGUGCCUAGGACACAGGGAAGGAGGGAGAAGAGGAGAAAGCCCCGUGUACCAAAGAUGUUUUAAAAACCCUCGCUGUUUUUUCUAUUUAUUAUAUGUAUUUAUGUGGGUGAUUUAAUAAGAGCUAAAUAAAAAGAGACCCGG